UCAUGCCACAUGGCAACACAUGAUCUACUAUCAAAUUCACAUUAUCCUUUCAGAUAAGAAACAUUGCAUACAUUAAUAAAAAUUUGCACAUUUUCUUUCUCAUUCACAUCAACACAAACUCACUAAACUUAAUCACUUUUAUCCCUUGAGGACAAGUCCUGUGUCAUGGCUUCUGCUUGUGCUUCUUCUGCCAUUGCAGCUGUUGCCAUCUCUACUCCAAGUUCCCAGAAGAAUGGAUCACCCUCGGGAACCUCAAAAGCUUUUCUUGGGAGGAAACUGAAGGUGAACAGCAGCACUGCAUCACCUUCUAGAGUAAGAUCUACUUCAACUGUGUGUACAGUUGCUGAGCCUGAUAGACCUUUGUGGUUCCCUGGAAGCACUCCUCCUCCAUGGCUUGAUGGAAGUCUUCCAGGAGAUUUUGGAUUUGAUCCUCUUGGUCUUGGAUCUGAUCCAGAGAGUCUGAGAUGGAAUGUUCAAGCUGAGCUUGUACACAGCAGAUGGGCAAUGUUAGGUGCAGCUGGAAUUUUCAUUCCAGAAUUCCUAACGAAGCUCGGUAUCUUGAACACACCUUCAUGGUACACUGCCGGAGAGCAAGAGUAUUUCACAGACACAACCACGCUCUUCAUAGUCGAACUCGUUUUCAUCGGUUGGGCCGAGGGAAGAAGAUGGGCUGACAUCCUCAAUCCAGGCUGCGUCAACACCGACCCUAUUUUCCCAAACAACAAGCUCACAGGAACUGAUGUAGGGUACCCUGGUGGACUUUGGUUUGAUCCACUUGGUUGGGGAAGUGCUUCUCCUCAGAAGCUUAAGGAGUUGAGAACAAAGGAAAUUAAGAAUGGGAGAUUGGCUAUGUUGGCUGUUAUGGGAGCUUGGUUCCAGCACAUUUACACCGGCACCGGUCCUAUCGAUAACCUCUUCGCCCACCUUGCUGAUCCCGGUCACGCUACUAUUUUUGCUGCUUUCACUCCCAAGUGAGAAGGGCUAAGACAACUACGAUACUGUAAACCUUGGAGAAACAAAAUGGUGAACAUGUUUUAGCAAGUUUUAAGGCUUACAAUGUUUUUUUAGGGAGUGUUUAUGUUGGUGAAAGCUUGUAAAAUGGUUACCUAAUUCAAUAUCAUGCACAGGUUGAUGGUUCAA